AUGGGUCAUCGACUUCCUAUUGCCCAAGUUUUAUAUCAAAAAUUAGGCUACAAUAUUGUUACAUUGUCUUAUCGCGGAUAUGGUCUUAGUGAAGGAAAAGCAAAUGAAAAGGGAUUACAAAUUGAUGCUCAGACUGCUGUAGAUUAUAUCAAGAAUCACCCUAUUCUCAAACAUACUCGGUUGGUUGCUUAUGGACAGUCGUUAGGUGGCGCAGUAGCUAUUCAUGUUGUAUCCAAAAAUGAAGAUGAUUUUGACGGAUUAAUUAUCGAAAAUACAUUCUUAUCAGUGCCAUUACUCAUUCCUCAUAUCUUUCCUGGAGCUCUUCGAUAUUUGGUAUACGUAUGCAACCAAAAAUGGCGAACAUAUAAAUCCAUCUCGAAUGUUCAACGUGUACCGAUUUUGUUUUUAUCCAGUUUGCGGGACGAGCUGGUACCACCAAGUCAUAUGGCAAAACUAUACGAAGUCGCAGAAACAGUUGGGGCAAAAGUUUGGAAGGGCUUCAAUUAUGGUACUCAUAACGAUACAUGCUUACAAGUUGGCUACUUUGAAAGUAUUGAAGAAUUUAUUCGGGAUCACGUUCAAGAUGAUGAUUUAACCGGAUGGUGAAACUUUGUUAUUAUUUUGUUGUUUUUACUGGUAGUAGUAGGAUAGUUAUUGAUCUUCAGGAUAGUUUACAUACAUUUACAUAGGAUGAUAUUAAUAAAAG